AUGAAAUCCUAUCUAUUUUCAAUUCUAUUUGGUAUAGAAUUCUUAAUUAAAGAUGGUAUAAAAUGUUCACAUUAUGAAGAACAAUUAUUCAAAGAAUUAUUUCAAGAUUAUAAUCCAUUAAUACGACCUGUAAAAAAAUUAGAUGAAACAAUAAAUGUAUCAUUUAGUAUUGCUUUAUUACAAAUAAUUAGUGUGAUUGAAAAAGAACAAGUACUUAAAACAAAUGUUUGGUUACAAGUCAAAUGGCAUGAUUAUCAAAUGCAAUGGAAACGAGAAAAAUAUGGUGGAAUUCAAUCAAUACGUGUACCACCAAAUCAAGUUUGGACACCGGAUAUUGUAUUAUUUAAUAAUGCUGAUGGUAAAUAUGAAGCAUCAUUUAAAUCACAUGUUGUUAUUUAUUAUAAUGGUGAUAUGAAUUGGGUACCACCUGCUAUAUAUAAGUCAAGUUGUCAUAUUGAUGUCAAAUUUUUUCCUUUUGAUGAACAAAUGUGUGAAUUACGUUUUGGAUCUUGGACAUAUAAUCAACAUCAAUUAAAUUUUACAUAUUAUAAUGAAAUAGAACGACAUGUAACGAUAAAAGAUUAUGUUGUUAGUGGUUCAUGGGAUCUUAUGGAUGGUCCAAUGUCAAUUCAACGACCAUCAAAUGAAACGGAUACUUUAUUUGAUAAUAGUUAUCGACAUGAUCGAGUGGAAUUUGUAUGUAAACUUGUUAUUCGACGUAAAACACUUUUCUAUACAGUUAAUUUAAUUAUUCCAACGGUGCUUAUUUCAUUUUUAUCCAUAUUUGUUUUCUAUUUACCAACUGAUGCUGGUGAAAAAAUGACAUUAUCUAUAUCUAUUCUACUUGCAUUAGUCGUUUUUCUCUUACUUAUAUCAAAAAUUUUACCACCUACAUCUAUAGUUAUACCAUUAAUAGCUAAAUAUCUUUUAUUUACAUUUAUUAUGAAUAUAAUAACGAUAUUAUGUACUGUUAUUAUUAUUAAUUAUAAUUAUCGAACACCACGUACAAGUAAAAUGCCUUAUUGGAUGAGAAGAUUAUUUAUUGAUAUGUUACCACGAGUACUUCGAAUGGAAAGACCACUUAAAGAUGAAAUAGAAAAUGAAGAUGAAAGAAUUGAACAGACAAGAAUAAAUUAUAUUCGAUCUUCGCGUGUUGUUUCAAUAGCAACACCACCAAUUAUGAAUAGUGAUCAAUCAUUAACAACAGACAAUGAAGAACAAGAAAGUGAAAUGGAUUCAUUCUUAACAAAAGAAGUUUAUGAAGCUGUUGAAGAUCUUAGUUUUAUUGCAAAUCAAAUGCGAUCUGCUUGUUACUAUGAAGAAAUACGUGAUGAUUGGAAAUAUAUUGCAUCUGUUAUCGAUCGAUUACAAUUAUAUAUAUUUUUUGCAGUUACUUCUUUUGGUACACUAUCGAUUUUAUUCAAUGCACCACAUAUAUUAAGUGUAGUUGAUCAAAAUGCAAUACUUAAAAAAUGGGAUCCAACAUUUGGUAAUACUAGUUAA